GCCCCCCCAUGUCCACACAAACACAUUCUCUCUCCUCUCUCUCACACACAAUCAAGUGUCAUUUUCUCACAUAUACUUCACACAAAAGAAACAACCAUUCACUACAUACUACCUUGUCAUUGAUUUUCUCUCUCUAUAUCUCAAAAAUCUUUGCAAAAACAACUUAACCUCAAACAAUAGAAAUUAUAUUCUCAACAAAACCCAGAAAUCUCUUCCCCUCAAAUCCUUAAUACCCUUUUCAUUUUCCUCUUCGCCCACAAUAAAAAGAUAGUUUUUUUGUUCUGUAUCUUGAUUCAAGAAAAGAAGAACUAACUAGGGUUCAUCUCUGGAAACCGACUCAAGAAUCUCUUUCAAGAAGAAGAAGAAAAACAUCUACAACAAAUUAAAGCUCUCUUUCAUGGAGCUUUUUCCUGCUCAGCCCGAUUUAUCCUUACAGAUUAGUCCUCCAAACAGCAAACCAUCAUCGACAUGGCAGAUGAGAAGAAGAUCAACAACAGAUCAAGAAGGUCCCGAGGAGCUCGAUUUAGGGUUUUGGAGAAGAGCUCUUGAUUCAAGAACAUCUUCUCUCGUCUCUAAUUCCAGCUCAAAAACAACUAAUAAUCCUCUCGAAGACCUCUCGCUCUCUAACAACUCUAAUCAUCAUCAUCAACAUCAACAUCAACAUCAACAACAUCAUCAUCAUCCACACCUUCUACCAAAUUGCAACGGCUCUAACAUCUUAUCCUCUUUCCAGUUUCAGACACAACAACAACAACAGCACUUACAAGGUUUUCUUGCUCAUGACCUUAAUACUCACUUAAGACCAAUAAGAGGAAUCCCUCUUUACCAAAACCCUCCUCCACAUCAUCAUCACCGUCCGCCGCCGUGUUUUCCUUUCGAUCCGUCGUCUCUAAUUCCCUCUUCUUCGCCGGCUCCCACCGGAAUCAACAACAACAACAGCUUUGGUACUAGUAGCGUUAGUAACCCCGGUUUAAUUACAAACCCUAAUUACCACAAUCAUCAACAUCAUCAUCAGACUCUGAACAGAGCGAGAUUCAUGCCGAGAUUUCCUGCUAAACGAAGCAUGAGAGCUCCUCGGAUGCGAUGGACCACCACUCUCCAUGCCCGUUUCGUUCACGCCGUCGAAUUACUCGGUGGCCAUGAAAGAGCAACACCGAAAUCAGUUCUUGAGCUCAUGGAUGUCAAAGAUCUAACUUUGGCUCAUGUUAAGUCCCAUUUACAGAUGUACAGAACAGUGAAGACAACCGACAAAGCAGCAGCUUCGUCAGGACAAUCUGAUGUUUAUGAAAAUGGAUCUUCAGGAGAUAAUAACUCAGACGAUUGGAUGUUCGAUAUGAAUCAAAAAUCUAGAGAUAACGAAGAAUUGACGAAUCCUCUUGAGAAAUCAAAUGGUCUAUGGACCAAUUCUUCCGGAGAGGCACGUUUGCAUGGGAAGCUAAUCGAUAACGUUGCAGAAAUUAUGCUACCUUCUGAGAAGGAAGUAGAUGGAAAGUGCUCAAGCUAUGAGAGGAUAUCAUCAGAGGAGAUGAGCUCAUCAAGCAUCUCGGGAACAAGCCCCUUCAAGCCUAAUCUUGAGUUCACGUUGGGUCGAUCUCACUAAAUUUAUUGUUGUAGCUAGCUAGCUAGUAAUUAAUUAGUAUUAAUUAACUCAUAUUUUGGCUAAUGAAUAGUUUCGAUAUUCAUAUCAAUUGAAUAAGUUUUUGUUUAAUGCUUAGAUGUCAAUGUCCUCUCGGAAGGUUGUAAAACACUGUUCUUUUUCCUUCUCUAUUGAGAAGAGCUAGUGAAAGAAUCGACUACUAGAGGCUCAAUAAA